CUACGGAGGACAUGCCUCUCGGAGCCAAUCAGCUUCGUCCUUCCCCACUCGUGGUGUUCCGGUCCUUCUACGGCCUUGCGCGGCUGCAGCGGCUGGGAAGUAACGACGCGGCUGGGAAUGUUGUAGCGGGCAAGUAGCUGCCAAACCUACCUAAGGGAAUGCAAAACUUCGGAGCCGAAUUGUACAUUUUAAGACAUUUGUGCGCGGCCGAAGAGCCCACUUCCUCUGUUCGCUCGGUUUCUCAUGGAAGCGGAUGGAUUUGUAAGGAGGCGUCGGAUGACAGCGGAGAAUGCAGGCAACGAUCCCGGGGUUGCUGGCGCAUCUGCCGGAGCAGAAGUUCGAUGGCUGGGGGGCAGAUUUUUGGGAGUUUCGGAAAGUAUCGUUGGGAGUCUAUCGCCGAGGAUCGGGGGCGAGAGCGAACUGCAGAGUGUUGACUUCACCCGUAACGGACAGGAUCAAAGUGAUGACUCGGAACCGGACUACGAAGGCUUGCCACAGGGAGCCUCCACGAGCACCCACAUGUUGGCCGGAGCCGUGGCCGGGAUCAUGGAGCACUGCCUCAUGUUCCCCAUCGAUUGUGUUAAGACAAGAAUGCAGAGCCUCCAGCCCGACCCUGCCGCCCGCUACCGGAACGUGAUGGAUGCCCUCCGCCGCAUCGUGGCCACAGAAGGAGCGUGGCGGCCAAUGAGAGGCCUGAAUGUGACCGCCAUUGGGGCGGGGCCUGCGCAUGCCCUCUAUUUUGCCAGCUAUGAGAAAAUCAAAAAGACUCUGAGUGAUGUGAUCCACCCCGGCGCUAACAGCCAUUUGGCUAAUGGAGCGGCAGGAUGUGUGGCCACUCUGCUUCACGAUGCAGCCAUGAACCCAUCGGAAGUUGUGAAGCAGCGCAUGCAGAUGUACAAUUCCCCAUACCGUGGCGCGUUGGACUGUAUACGCGCCGUGUGGCAGAAGGAAGGCCCUGGCGCGUUCUACCGAAGCUACACCACCCAGCUGACCAUGAACGUGCCCUUCCAAGCGCUCCAUUUCAUGACUUACGAGUACCUGCAGGAGUUGCUCAACCCCCACAGACAAUACAACCCUUCGUCCCACAUGCUGUCCGGCGCCCUGGCCGGGGCCCUGGCCGCCGCCGCCACCACGCCGCUGGACGUCUGCAAGACCCUGCUCAACACCCAAGAGUCGCAAGCUCUCAGCUCCCUGUCGGCCAACCAAGGAGCCCACAGACAUAUCACGGGCCUGGCCCACGCCUUCCGGACAGUUUACAGGCUGGGCGGCCUGCGGGGCUUCUUCAAGGGAGUGCAGGCCAGGGUCAUCUACCAAAUGCCCUCCACAGCCAUCAGCUGGUCUGUGUACGAGUUCUUCAAGUACGGCCUCACCAAGCACCAGCACGACAAGAGGCGAGCGCAGCAGAUGGAGGCGGAGAUGUAGAGGCUGCCGGGAAGAAGGCAGAUUAUAACGCACAGCAACAGAAAUAAUAUAAAGACCCAACUCCACUGUCCCAUUGGCCAGACAUGAAUUUUCAGAAAGAGUUUUUAAACCGCUGUCUACUGAUGACGCACACUGAUUUAUGUUGCUAAAAUAAUGCCACAGUAUUAGAAUUGUUCAACUAGAGGCUACGGGUUGUCGCCAAAAGAGGGCAGUAGUGUUACUUCAUAAACCUUUGCUGUUCG